AGCUAAGUUGGAAGAUGUCUCGAACAAUCACAAUUGCCACUUGGCUAAUCCUUAGCAUUGGCGCCCUGGAACCCUGCCAGGCAAAUGUUGUGUUUCACUUUUCGCUGGAUUUCAAUGUGAAGCAGCCCGAAAACUCUUCGGAAACCAUUAAUAAAACCAUCUUGGUGGAUCAUAAUCUGGUGUCGAUUCAGGGCAAUGAGCUGGGGCCGACCACUGCCUGGUCUGAGCAGGAUCAAUACAAUGAGUUAGCAGUGGAGCUUUUAAUGGACACAAAGCGUGUGGUGCAGCAGCUCAACCAGGAGCUGUCACCUCUGGUGGGACGCAGCGAUGAACUGGCCGCACGCCUCAAGCAGACCCUGCGCUAUGUCAACGAUGUGGAUGCCAGCCUGGAGAACGGGCAUUUUGGCCAGCAUGUGGAGCAGUUGCGCAAGUACCUCACGCUGGUGGAUACCCUGCAAUUGCCGGGCAGAGCAGGUGGUGUGCGCACCCUGGAAUUCGUACUGCUCAAGUUGGCGCUGGAGAAACACCAGUUGCUGGCCAAGAAUCAGGAGGUUGCCGAGUAUCUGCAGCGGGCGGAUGCGGCUUGGACAAGAUACAAAAGCACACAGGUCGUCGUCUCAGAGGGCUGAGCCCAAAAAUAUCCCUAAAGAUACAACAGUGCUCUUCGGUGUGCCGAAGUUGAAAUACCCUUGCAGAAAUAGAGCGUUCGAGCGAUA